CACGCUCGCCUGGAACUGCACAGGUGCGCCAUGUCAUCCGGCUUCCGCUUGGGACCGCUCAUUUUCCCGUCCAAGUCGACUGCGCGGCGAACCCGGGAUUCAAGCCCAUUGCAUCUGGCGGUGAUGGAAGCGCAGUUCAGUAUUGGUAUGUCGGAUACGACCCGGCGCUCGAGACGGUCAUUGUGGGACAUCAGGGGACGGAGACGAACAUUCUCGCGAUUCUGACCGACGCGACAUUCCUCAUGGAGUCUCUCAAUGCGACACUCUUCCCGGGCAUUCCCGCUGGCAUCGAGGCUCACUCCGGAUUCGCGAAUGAGCAUGCAAAAACAGCCGAGACGGUCUUGGCUAACGUGAAACAAGCGCUGUCGAUCACUGGAUUCAACAAGGUGACUAUGGUCGGGCACAGUCUGGGUGCUGCAAUCAGUCUGCUUGAUGCCGUAUAUCUACCCCUGCACCUGACCGGGGUCAAAUUCCAAUCGAUCCUCUAUGGGAUGCCACGGGUCGGAAAUCAGGCGUUCGCG